CAGGAUUCUGGCCUAGAGCAGCGUUUGUCCCAGAGCAGGCGGGCGCCGAGGGUUUAGCCAACCCGGGAAUCCGAAGCCGUGGGGCCGUCGCUUUCUGCCGUCUCUCGCCGCUCCACUGGGGCUUGAGUGAUUCCAGGGCCGAAAAGGUGGACACCGGAACGUGGCCGCAGCAGUUAUCGCUAAAAUUUGAAACAAACCUGUGUCUAUGAAGAAUGACUGUGUACAAACCACAGUAUGUCAAGAAAGAAAAAAAGACCCAAUAGAAAUGUUUCAUUCUGGGCAGCUGGUAAAAGUCUCUGCCCCAAUGGUUCGAUAUUCAAAGUUGGCUUUUAGAACACUAGUCAGAAAGUACAGUUGUGAUCUGUGCUAUACACCAAUGAUAGUUGCUGCUGAUUUUGUCAGAUCUGUAAAAGCCAGAGACAAUGAAUUUACCACAAACCAAGGUGACUGCCCACUGAUUGUUCAGUUUGCUGCUAAUGAUGCGAAACUUUUAUCUGAUGCUGCUCGUAUAGUUGGUCCUUAUGCAAAUGGAAUAGACAUUAACUGUGGUUGCCCUCAGAGGUGGGCAAUGGCAGACGGUUAUGGAGCUUGCUUAAUAAACAAACCAGAGCUCAUUCAGGAUAUGGUGAAACAAAUAAGAAAUCAAGUGGAAAGUCCCAGAUUUUCGGUAUCUAUUAAAAUAAGGAUCCAUGAUGAUCUUACAAGAACUGUAGAUCUUUGUCGAAAGGCUGAAGCAACAGGUGUUUCCUGGAUUACAGUCCACGGGAGAACUGUUGAAGAAAGACAUCAACCAGUUCACUACGAAGCCAUUAAAAUAAUUAAGGAAAAUAUGUCUAUACCUGUUAUUGCUAAUGGAGACAUCAGAAGCUUAAAAGAAGCAGAAAAUGUAUGGCAUAUUACUGGGACAGAUGGUGUGAUGGUUGCAAGAGGACUCUUAGCAAACCCGGCCAUGUUUGCUGGAUAUGAGGAAACCCCUCUGAAAUGCAUCUGGGACUGGGUUGACCUUGCUCUUGAACUUGGAACUCCUUAUAUGUGUUUUCAUCAACACUUAAUGUACAUGAUGGAAAAGAUAACUUCAAGGCAAGAGAAAAGAGUUUUUAAUGCUUUGUCAAGCACAACAGCAGUCUUAGAUUACCUAACAGACCAUUAUGGGAUUUGACUGGAAUUCCUAAGUUAUUUUAAUAUAUAUUUUAAAGAAAGUGUGUUUAACAUUUUUAUAUUAAAUAAAAUUUUUUACUUUUAAUACUCAAA